AUGAGGAACUUGACGCCGCCGUGGACGAUGCUGCGCUUGUCUCUCCUUCUUCUCGUGCUGCCAGUACUAGUAGUAGUAGCUACUACAACGACAACGACAACGACAACUACCAGUAGUUUAUCGGAUGAUGAUUUUCACAAUUGGCUUUCCGUCCAUUCGAAAUCGUAUUCCAACAAUACUAGUAAUUUGGACGAAUGGAAGCAUCGAUUUUCCAUUUUUCAAGAAAAUGCUCGUUUGGUGCAACGCCACAAUGACGCCUUUGCGAAGGGAGAGACCAGUUUCACAAUGACCAUCGACGGGCCCUUUGCCGAUUUGACAGAUCAGGAAUUUACACAGCUGUAUCUCAUGGACUCGCAGGAUUGUUCUGCCACUCAUAGGUCCUCGGGAAAGCUGCACACUGCUAGUAUAGAUAGUACUAUAGAUAGUGGUCCGUACGACAUUGACUGGAGGACCAAGGGCAUUCUGACGGCUGUCAAGAACCAGGGAGCUUGUGGAUCUUGUUGGACUUUCUCCACUACUGGCUGCCUAGAAGCUCACACUUGCUUGGCUCAAAACAGAGAUUGCACGCAUUGGCUAGGAUUGGCAGAACAGCAAUUGGUAGAUUGUGCACAAGACUUUAACAAUCACGGAUGCAAUGGAGGAUUGCCCAGUCAAGCAUACGAAUACAUCAAGUACAAUGGAGGAAUUGAUCUAGAAACUAGCUACCUAUACGUGGCAAACAAGACGGACGGGACAUGCAAAGCCAAAGACUUUACCAUUGGAGCUCAAGUUGCUGGAGUCUACAACAUUACAUCAAGAGAUGAAGAUGAUCUCAUGCACGCCAUUGCCACUCUGGGCCCGGUAUCGAUUGCCUACCAGGUUUCUCCCGACUUUCGGCUCUACCAACACGGUGUCUACGACAGUUACAAUGCCACCACCAAAAAAAUAAUGUGCAAAUCCGAUAAUCAUCAUGUCAAUCAUGCCGUUGUGGCCGUAGGUAUGGGACAAACGGCAAAAACAAAAGAUCUACCCGUCACGCCAUUUUAUAUUGUUCGAAAUAGUUGGGGAACCAGUUGGGGCAUGGAAGGACACUUUUGGAUGAAACGCGGUGAGAAUCUUUGCGGAGUCAGUGAUUGUGCUUCCUUUCCCUUGGUGCCAAAGACAAAGCAAAAGGACGGACAGGAUGCAGCGGGUGGAACCAGUGCGGAAACUACCACCAAAAUAAUUACAACAACCCACAAUGCGGCGCUUCUCCGUGGCAGUUCGGAAUGA